AUGAAAAAGUCUAGUCCAAGGAACGCUACGCCAGAAAUCUGGAACAGCAUCGACCGCAACACGCAUAUCGACUACAACUUUGAACAUACACUUCCUACGGCGUGCAUGCCAGCUCUGCUCACUAGACUCAAGAUGGAGCAUGUUUCCCUUGGUUAUACGAAUCCUUGGGAUUGCACUAACACAUGUUGGUGUACAAGGAUCUUGCGAGAUACAUGUGUAAACGGUUUCGCAUUACUGGGUGGCCUCGCAUUCUCGACUGGAAUCAUUGUCCCCGCAUCGCUUGAGACAGAUGGAGCUAGCAAAUUACUCGAUGAGGUUCACUAG